AUGCCAAUAGAUCUAAGCCUAGGAAGAGUGACCCAAUUGCUUACGGUACUGGGAAAUCCCCAAAAAUUUUGGAAAUGUAUUCAUGUUGCGGGAACAAACGGGAAAGGCUCUGUUUGCUCUUACCUUUCGCAUAUACUGGAGUCUUCUAAUAUUUCAACUGGCAGAUUCACAUCGCCGCAUUUAUUUUAUCCUAACGACUCCAUUAAUAUUAACAAUCGUCCUAUUAGCAGAGCAAGAUACGAUUAUGAAUUUCGAAAGGUUAAGGAACUCAAUGAAAGAGAGUUGAUUGGAGCGACAGAGUUUGAGCUAUUGACUUGUACUGCUUUUUACGUUUUUGCCCAGUUUGAAAUUGAAGUUGCUGUUGUUGAAGUAGGACUUGGGGGCAGACUAGACGCUACCAAUGUGAUUCCCGGUUUUGAUGGCGAAUGGGGAGUAUUGGUAUCAGCUAUAACUAAGAUUGGUUUGGAUCAUGAAUCUUUACUUGGUAAUUCGCUGACUCAGAUAGCAAAAGAAAAGGCAGGAAUAAUAAAAGAAUCCGUACCAUGCGUCAUAGAUGGCUCCAAUGAUACCGAAAUCCUUCGAGUGGUCAAGGAUGUAGCUUUUCAAAACAAUUGCAAGCUUUUUGAGACAUUCCCUCGCCGAGCAGCUGUUUUUGAUCAACAGGUACCGCUAUUAGGCGAGUUCCAGAAAUCCAACCUGGCGGUAGCACUCAAAGUUGCAGACAUUCUAAGGAGCAAGUUCAACUACCGAAUUACGGAGCAAGCCAUCACAAAUGGAGUACGUAAUACCAAGUGGCCAGGAAGAUUACAGAGACUGACGGCAACAAUUCGAAAGCAACGUUUAGACCUAAUUGUGGAUGGCGCUCACAAUGGACAAGCUGCUAUCGAAUUAUCCAAAUAUCUUGAUACGCUACGUACCCUAGAGAGCCCGCUGACUUUUGUUAUAGCAGUUACUGAAGGAAAGACACUAACUCCGAUGCUAGCGCCGCUAAUUAAGAAGCAAGAUUUUGUAACUGUAACUACGUUUUCUUCCGUUGAGGGAAUGCCAUGGAUAAAAGCGAUGGAUUGCGAAAUUUUAGCACGGGAGAUAAGAAAGUUUACGUCUAAUGUAACGGUCCAAGAAUACCUCGAAGGAGCACUCAUAAACGCAGCACAGUUUUCUCAAUCACCAACUGUUCCAUUAAUUGUAUGCGGUAGUCUAUAUCUUGCGGCAGAUGUCUUGAAAUUUGUUGAAAAGACAUCGAUUCCGUAA